UCUCGGAUCCGCUUCUUGCAACAACUUGACCCACUCACUAUACCUGGCCCAUCUGCAACACACAUCUCAGAAACCCUCCUUUCAACUCCGCAGCCUCAGGUCAGAGUACACUGAGCCAUGUCCUUCCAGUGGAGCUCAAAAAAUCAGGCCCAGAAUGGCGUCGAGGAUAUGACGCUUCUGUCGAAAGUGACUGAUGAUCAGAUCACAGAGAAUCUGAAGAAACGGAUUCAGGCAGACUUGAUGUUUACAUACAUAGGACCGACACUUGUUGCAGUCAACCCGUAUAAGAAGCUGCCGUACUUUACCGAGAAGGAAAUAGAUAUAUACCAUGGCUCUGCGGCCUAUGAGCACCCUCCGCACGUCUAUGCGGUCGCGGAUAAGAUGUUUCAGAGCAUGAUUACCGAUGAGGAGAAUCAGUGUGUCAUUAUUAGUGGCGAGAGUGGAGCAGGAAAAACGGAAUCCGCCAAAUUGAUCAUGAACUACAUCGCGGCCGUGUCGGGUGGAGGCGGAGCGAACAACACGAUUGUUGACGAAGUGAAGCGGAUCAUUCUGGGAUCCAAUCCAUUGCUGGAGUCGUUUGGAAACGCCAAAACGUUGCGGAACAACAAUUCUAGUCGAUUCGGCAAAUAUUUCGAGAUCAAGUUUGGGAAGAGCGGGGCGCCUGGUGGAGGCAAGAUAUCCAAUUUCUUGCUGGAAAAGUCUCGCGUUGUAGGACCGGGUGUUGGAGAGCGAAACUUUCACAUCUUCUACCAAAUGACAAAAGGAGCCAACGCUCAGGAGAAGGAGCAGCUGGGAAUGAUGGACCCGCAGUAUUUCCACUACCUCAACUCCAGCGGCGAAUACCACGCGGACGGGAUCAACGACGUCGAGGAAUUUGCCGACAUGAAGAAAUCGAUUGAUAUUUGUCAGAUUAGCGAAGCGGACAAAGCAUCGAUAUUCCAGAUCGUCGCUGGGAUCCUGCAUCUGGGCAACGUGUCCUUUAUAGAAGAAGGCAACAACGCGAAAGUAGCGGACCCGCAGACGCUGGCGUUCCCGGCGUACCUGUUUGGGAUAUCGGAAGAGAUGCUGGAUAACAAGCUCACGAGUAGGAUUAUGACGACGGGAGGGUUUGGGAAACGGAGCUCGUCAUACAAUGUGCCGAUGAACGUGCAGCAGGCACAGGGCACGAGGGACGCGUUAUCAAAAGCGCUCUACACGCGUCUAUUCGAUUGGAUCGUCCAAGCCGUCAACAACGCGAUGGCCAGCCUCGCCGCCGGACUCCGGGAAACAGCCCAACUCUCCCUAGGAGUCCUCGACAUCUUCGGCUUUGAGAUCUUCGAACGCAACGGGUUCGAGCAGUUCUGCAUCAACUACGUCAACGAGCGGCUGCAGCAGAUCUUCAUCGAACUCACGCUCAAAUCCGAGCAGGAGGAGUAUCAGCGCGAGGGCAUCCAGUGGACACCCAUCGAGUACUUCAACAACAAGGUCGUCGUCGAUCUGAUCGAGAGCAAGAGACCACCAGGGAUCAUGGCUGUUUUGGACGAUAUCUGCUUCACGAUGCACGCGGUGGCCGACGGCGCUGACCAGACUUUCGUGCAGAAGCUCGAUAUGGCGUGCUCGCAGAACAAACAUUACCAAGGGCAUCAGUCCCAGUUUGUCAUUCAGCAUUACGCCGGUGCGGUUACAUACAGCUGCGACGGCUUCGUCGAAGCCAACAAAGACACCCUCUUCAAGGACCUCGUCUCCCUCAUGCAGUCCACCACCAGCCCCUUCAUCCGCGCCCUCUUCCCCGAAGAAAUCGACGACAGCGACCGGAAACGCCCCACAACCGUCUCCCACAAGAUAAAAGGCCAAUCGCAGGAAUUGGUCGAAACGUUGAUGAGAUGCACCCCGUCGUAUGUGAGAUGUAUCAAACCGAAUGAGACGAAACGCGCCAAGGACUGGGAUGCGAAACGGGUGGAGCAUCAGGUGCGGUAUUUGAAUUUGAAGGAGAAUAUUAGGGUUAGGAGGGCGGGGUAUGCCUAUCGGAAUACGUUUGAGAAGUUUUUGAGGAGAUUCGCAAUCCUCACAAAAGAAACUUUCCCUCACUGGCCCGGCCCCACUUCCGACGGCAUCAAACACAUCAUGUCCUCCGUCCACAUGGAACCCACCGAAUGGCAACUAGGCCGCACAAAAAUCUUCAUUAAGUCUCCCGAAUCCCUCUUCCUCCUCGAAGAGCAGCGCGACCGCAAGUACCACACGUACGCGAAAGUCAUCCAGCGCGCGUAUCGCCGGUGGAAGAGCCGCAAGUACUUUUUGGAGCUGAGGAAGAAGGCCGCGGAUGUCAUGUGCGGGAGGAAGGAGAGGAAACGGUUUAGUUUGAAUCGAGAGUUUUUGGGGGAUUAUUUGGGGUUUUUGGAUAAUCCGAUUUUGAAGAAUCUUGUUGGCAAAAACACAAAAGUAGUCUUUGCAGACCGCGUCACCAAAUACGACCGCAAAUUCAAGCCCGUCACGCGGGAACUCCUUCUCACCGAAUCCGCACUUGUCAUUGUCGGAACCGAAAAGGAGAAGAGUGGACCCAACAAGGGCCGGCUGGUGAAAGUCAUCAAGCAGCAGAUUCCGUUUAGUGAGAUUCAGGGUGUUUCGAUGUCAACGAAACCGGAUGAUCUGUUUGUGGUGCAUGUGCCGGGGCAGUUUGAUUUGGUGUUGGAGAAUAUGUUUAAGACGGAGUUUGUUACUGUUCUCAGCGAGAAAUACCAACUCGCAACCCACCGCACCCUCCCCCUAACCUUCACCGACACCAUCAAGUACACCGUCAAGAAAACCACCUGGCAGUCCGGCGGCACCCAGGAGAUCCGGUUCGUCAGCGACCCGGCGCACAAGGUGGCGUUUGUCAAGAACAACGGGAAGGUCACGGAGGUGCGGAUCAACCCGGGGUUGCCGAUGGAUUCGCGGCCUGGGCAGGUUGCGUCUUCAUCUGGGCCCCGGGUCGCAAACGUCGCGGCGGGAUAUGGCAGGGCUCCAUCCGCGGCGGCUGCAACGUCGUAUGGGGGGGCACCGGCAGGAGGCGGCGGAGGUGUGCAAGCAGCGGCGAGCAGGUUUGGAGGCGGCGGAUUUGCGUUGCCGCAGGUUGGGGGUGGGUCGCCUGCUGCAGCGAGGAAGAAGCUUCCGCCGCCGCCGCCGCCGAAGAAGGCUGCGUUGCCGACUUGUCGGGCACUUUAUGAUUAUGAGGCUUCGGAGGCUGACGAACUAUCAUUCAAAGCCAACGACGUAAUAUCCAUCAUAAAUCAAGACGACGCAGGGUGGUGGCAGGGAGAAGUCAAUGGACGGAAAGGGCUGUUUCCUGCUAACUACACUGAACCCAUGUAAGACUCCAGGACAUCACGCAGGAUGCAACGUGACUUGUCCUAUCCCGAAGGAUGUUUUCAUACCGUCCCCACCCCCCCCCCCCCACCCCCCUCUUCCCGCUUCUCCCACCUUGCGCGUAAAAGACCACACCCUCCCCCAGACUCUCAUCUUUCCGCUGCUUCAUACACUUUACAUGGACGUUGACACGGGUCCCUUGCAAAUGACUCAAAUACACUGGAUCUGGAUAGAUACAAAA